AUGUUAGCACGCGUGAUCAAUUCAAAUGCAACAACUGUUGCAAAACGUGUUCUUCUAACAAAUAAUAUUCGUAUGAUUGAUUCUCAUCGAUAUGCAAGUCAUGGUGGUAGUGAAGUACAACAUGGUAGUCAUCAUGGUGAAGUUGAUCAUCAUGGUCAUCAUGAUACAUAUCAAAUGAUGUAUGAACGUUUAUGGCGAAAUAAAUCAACACUUGAUUGGUUACCUAAACCUGAAGGUAAUUGGCAAGAAAUAAAUGGACAAAAACAAGCAUAUUAUAAUAAAGUACUUAUUACGGGUAUUCUUGCUUUAACAUUGGCCGCGGCAUACUUUCGAUUAGUUGUUGUAGCUGAUUCUAAUGCAUUAACAAAACCUCCAUAUCAUCUUAUUGGACAUGAAGAUUUUCCUGGUUCAAAAUAUGAAGAUGCUGUUGGUGCACAAAAACAAUAA